AUGAAGUCCCUUGCACUUCUUUCGAUCUCUGUGUCGCUUCUUCCUGCUGUACUGGGGCAGCAAAGUGCCUGGGGGCAAUGUGGUGGGCAAGGGUGGACAGGACCAACGACGUGUGUCAGUGGAUAUACGUGUGUCUAUUCCAACCCCUGGUAUUCUCAAUGUAUCCCAGGGUCAGCUACGGGAAACACAAGCACGGGAUCGAGCACGAGGCCAACUUCUAGCAGCAGCACGUCUCGGACGUCCUCUAGCACAUCAUCUGCCCCAGGGACAUCUGGGACGGGAACGGGAAAGUUCUGGUUCAGCUUCGGGGACUCGUAUACUCAAACUGGGUUUUCGUAUUCCGGAACUCAGCCUUCAAACAGCAACCCGUUCGGCAACCCGACUUACCCUGGCAAUACGCCCUGUGGAAGCAAUCCCAACUGGAUUGACUAUGCCGCCACCACUUACAAUUCUGGCAUCGUCAAGGUGUAUAACCAUGCAUUUGGAGGAGCCACCAUCGAUGCGUCGAUUGUCGCCCCUUGGUCUAACACUGUGAAGACUUUGGUUGGUCAGGUCAACGAUUUCCUGAACUACAACGCUCCUGGCAAGACGUACUACCCUAGCUGGUCUUCAUCCAAUACUUUGUUCAGUGUCUGGAUCGGCAUCAAUGAUAUUGGUCAGGCCUAUUGGCGAGGUUCUGUGCCGAAUAUGGACACCCUCAUGAACCGCUACUUCCAACUUGUGCAGUCGAUGUACAACGUUGGUGCAAGACAUUUCUUGUUCCUCACCGUGCCGCCUGUUCAGCGUUCACCUUUGAUGCUCGGUCAAGGAUCAACGAAUACUGCCAAUCAAAAGGCCGUCAUUGCCGACUACAAUGCGAAGCUCAAAGCCAAGGCUGCUUCCUGGGCAGCUUCCAAUGCGGGAGCGACUGCUUUGGUCUACGACACCUCGACCGUGGUCAACGCCAUUCUCGACAACCCAUCUGCCUAUGGACUACGUGACGCAACCUCUUACGGAUCUGGAAACACGUACGCAUGGUGCGACAACUAUCACAUCUCCCCUGUCGUCCACAAAGCACUCGCCGCCGACCUAUCCAAGCUUAUCAAGGGCACUUACAUCUAA